CCCCACUUUCUUAAUGCAAUAAAAUCUUACGCUCUUUUCACUUUCUCUCUCUUCCCCUUCUUUCUAUUUCUUCUUCAUCUUUCAUUUUAUUUUAUGUUGUUUCUACUUCUUCUCUUCAAUUGACUUGUUCCCAUCACAUAAGAACACCCAGUUCCAAAUCAUCUAGUUUAAAAGUGUUCAAAGUUGUAGAAUUUGUUGACUUGAAUUGGUGAAUAGAGAUAGCUGGUAAAAUUUGAAACUUGUCAUCAGAAGUUUGUUGGUUGAAUCCUUUUUUUUUUUUUCUGAGGAUAUUUAGUCUAUCUUUGAGGAUUAUUUUUCAUUGGAAAAUGAUGAUGAUGUUUGAAGAGAUGGGCACACCUGUUGAUAUGGAUAUGUUUUCUGCUCCCCUAGGAGAGGGGAAUGUUACCGCCCGGCAAACUGAGCCUGAGGCGAUGGUUGACGAUGAUUAUAGCGACGAAGAAAUUGACGUUUAUGAGCUUGAGAGGAGGAUGUGGAGGGACAAAAUGCGUCUCAAGCGAUUGAAGGAACAGAUCAAACCAAAGGAAGAGUUUGAUGCAGCAAAGCAGAGGCAAUCACAAGAACAGGCAAGGAGGAAAAAGAUGUCAAGGGCUCAAGAUGGAAUUUUGAAGUACAUGCUGAAAAUGAUGGAGGUUUGUAAGGCCCAAGGAUUUGUUUACGGGAUAAUUCCUGAGAAAGGAAAGCCUGUGACAGGGGCAUCAGACAAUCUCCGCGAAUGGUGGAAGAAUAAGGUUAGGUUCGACCGCAACGGGCCAGCUGCCAUAGCCAAGUACCAAUCUGAUAAUGCAAUUCAAGGGGCUAACGAUGGAUGCAAUUCUAUCGGUCCAACCCCUCACACUUUACAAGAGCUGCAGGACACAACCUUGGGUUCUCUGUUAUCAGCACUGAUGCAACAUUGUGAUCCCCCUCAGAGGCGGUUUCCAUUGGAAAAGGGGAUUCCUCCUCCAUGGUGGCCAACAGGGAACGAAGAAUGGUGGCCUCAAAUCGGUUUACCCAAAGAUCAAGGUCCUCCACCUUACAAGAAACCUCAUGACCUCAAAAAGGCGUGGAAGGUUGGAGUUCUGACUGCUGUUAUCAAGCACAUAUCUCCGGACAUUGCCAAAAUUCGGAAGCUUGUGAGACAAUCCAAAUGCCUUCAAGACAAAAUGACUGCCAAGGAAAGUACAACAUGGCUUGCCAUCAUCAAUCAAGAGGAAGCGUUAGCACGAGUGCUUUACCCCAAUUUCAUCCCUCCAUUCGCCUCAGUUGGAGGAAGUGGAUCUUUUUCCACCAAUGAUGGCAAUGAGUAUGAUGUUGAAGGUGGAGAGGAUGAACCAAAUUUUGACGUGGAGGAGCGGAAACCUGAGACUCUUCUUCAUCCGUCAUCCAAUAUUGGGAUGGAGAGAAUGAGGCUAAGACUUCCACCCGUACCACAUUCUUCUUUCCCAAUGAAAGGAGAGGCUGCAAUUGCAACAACAAACUUUGAUUUCAUGCGGAAGAGGAAGAUGUCCGGCGAGUUUAACACGAGGAUGGAUCAGAAAAUCUUCACUUGUGAACACUCUCAUUGUCCUUAUAGCGAAGUUCGGCUUGGGUUUCAAGACAGAAUUUCUAGGGACAAUCAUCAAUUGAAUUGUCCAUAUAGAGCCAGCUCCUCAGAUUAUGCAGGUCCAAGUUAUCAUGUUAAUGAGGUUAAACCAGUCAUAUUUCCUCAGUCCUUUGUUCAAUCGAAACCUACUGCUCAAUCGGUUAAUAUGGUUCCGCCUUCGAUUGAUCUAACAGGACUUGGAGUUCCCGAAGACGGUCAGAAAAUGAUCGGUGACCUUAUGACAGGCUAUGAUACAAAUGUUCAAGGCAACAACCGUGUAGCUGCUGUAGAGAAUCCAAACUUACCGCAACCUAACAUUCAGCCGCAGCAGGGCAGUUUCUACCGCAGUCAAGGAAUUGUGAUGGGAGGAAACUUGUUUCAAGAAACCAGCAUGUCCAAUAACCAUCACAUGUUUGCAAGAGAUGAAGGUCAAUUCGACCGGUUCAAAGCUUUGAAUUCACCCUUUGAGAACCAUCACAAUCACAAUCACAACAAUAAUUAUCAUUUAAUGUUUGGGUCCCAUUGUGAUUUGACAUCCUUUGAUUUUAAGGAUGAUAUGCAUGGAGUAGGGGUGGAUGGUCUUCAGAAACAGCCAGAUAUUUCAAUAUGGUACCAGUGAAUUUGACAACUGGAAUUCAAUCUUGUUACUCUUUUCUGAUCUUUUUUUUCAAUGGUCUGGCCACUCAUAUCAUGUGAAUUUUACCUUUGGCCAAAAAGGUCGUAUUGCAAUUUUCUUCACAUGUAAUUCUCUAGGCCUAGAACUAGAAAUUUUAUUUUUACAAUAAUAAAAGAUUGUGGUGUUCCCAUAAUGUAGACCUAUGGUUUUGUUCGUUGUUUUUUAAGUAUCAGUAUAGCCUUGUUGUUACUUAAGAUUAAUUGUUCUAUAAUGGAAGACUGUGAUAUAAAUAAAGAUUUCAACUAAAGGAUUUGUCCUUUAUUGGAUA